AUGCCUGGCGAGCUGCCCACGCCCGCCGCUGUCGCUGCUGCGCUCGCCCUGCGCCCCUUCGCCGCGUCCACGACUCGCCGCGACCUCUCGACCACCACAACCGCGUUCCGCACCGCAUGGGCAGCCCUGUCGCAAGCCCAGGUCCUCCAGCAGACCUGCAUCCGCGUCGCCGAGCACGCCGCAGCAGUGCUCUGCGCCGUCUUUGCCCGCCUCGACGAGGUCGAGCACGCCGAGCGCGCAAAGCUCCAAGGCAGGGUCGUCCUCGAGCGCUCGUACGAGUUCCAGGCGGCGGCUGAGGGGGCACGAGGAGGAGCAGAGACGGUAUUCAAGGUCCAAGCCGCCAUGCUCGACCUCCAAGCCUUCUCGACCGACUUCCUCGCCCUCUCGACCGGCCCCUCGCGCCUCGACCUCCUCGUCCUGUCCCUCCCAGCCUCGCAACGCGCCCUCACGACCCUGUCCUCCUCCCUCUCGAACCUCGUCGCCCACUACGGCGUCCCGCACCCGUCCUCGCGCGCCAACUGGGCCGCCGAGAUCGCCGCCGCCGUACGCGACGACGAGCGCGCCCUCCCGCGCCUGUUCCAGCGCGCGCUCGCGCUGCGAGGCGACGCGUGGCAGCGCUUCCUCGCCGAGCAGCAGCCCUCGUCGACGGCUGCGGCGGAGGCGGGACCGGGCACGCCGAGCCAGCGCAGGAGCGCGUUUGUGGCGUGGUGCGUCGAGCGGAACCCGCUGCUCGGCGCGUCCGCGGGCGAGCGAGGCGAGGAGGGCGGCUGCGCGCCGAGGAGGAGGAGGCAGGAGGCGAGCUGGCCGCCUGCGCCGCCCAGCCCAACGCCGUCGACGCCGGGCGAGCGACUUGCCUCAGGCUGUCUGGCGAGCGGGCUCGGGGCGGCGCCACCGAUGAGGAGGGCCGUCUCGCAGCCUGCGCCGUCGAGCGGUCCGAGCGAGGCGGUCGACCCGUCGUCACCGAGCCGCGCCACGACGCCGCCAUCGCCUAUCCCUCUUCCCUCGACGGCUCCUCCUUCGGCAGCCCGCCUCGAGCGCGAGGCGCCGCCGCCGCUCGAGCAGCUCGCUCCCCGGCCUCCUUCGCCACUGCCGCUCCCUCAGCCGCCAGGGCCGGCCAAGCAGGCCUCGCCACCAGCCUCGCCGCUUGUCGUCGCCGCCGACGACGUGCUUGCCGCCCCCGCGCCUUUUAUCGACGAGGCCGCGCCGCUCGACGGCGUCUCGGCGACGCCGACGCCCUCAACCUCGGACCCGGUCGAGCCGGUCGAGCCCGCCGUCACCGAGCGCGCGCUCGAUGCGCUCCCGACAGCGUCCUCGCCGAUCUUCGUCGACGAGUCGCCGAGCGAGGCGGUUCAGCAGCCGGCGCCGCACGACGAGCCCGUCGUCGACGUGCCCGCCAUCGUCUUAACGAGCGACGGCGGCGAGCCAGUCGAGCUCGCGCACGAGCCGCGCCUCGUCGACGAUGCUGCCGGCGACGAAACGGCGGGCGAGGACGCAGCACUGGUUGAGGACGUGCCCGAGUCGUCGCCGUCCUCGUCGUCCGAGCCGCCCGUUCAGCCGUCGACCGCCGCCGCUUCCCUGCGCAUCCUCGCCGUCGACGGCGGCGUCCUCCUCGGCCCCAUCCCUCAGCUCGACCUCCUCUCCUCGCUCCUCCAUCCUUCCUCCACCGCCAACUCCUCCCCGUCCCGCUCGACCGCCGCACCCUCGCCCGCACAGCACUUUGCCCUCAUCGCCGGCACCGCCUCCUCAGCGCUCCUCGCCGUCCUCCUCGGCCGCCUCGCACUCGACCUCGACGCCGCGCACGCGCUGUACGUCCGCAUCGCGCAGCGCGCGCUCGCUCUCGACGGGCCGGCGGGACGCGCCGCUCGAACCGUCGCCCAGGCGCCGAGGCGCAGGCCGAGCCGCUGGUCGCGUCUCUUUCGGCGCUCGUCGGGCCCGCACGACUCGUCGUCGACGGCGACGGACGAGCGCGAGACGGGCGCCGACGGGCUCGCGGCCGCGAGAGGCACAGCGCUGGCCACCGCGCUCGCCGAGCUCCUGCCCGGCGCAGACGAGCCAUUCGCCUCGUCCUCGCCUCGUCAGGCGCGCACCUCCCUCCUCGCCUUUCGCGCCGGCCCCUCGGGCCGCGUCGAGCCCGCCUGGCUCGUUAGCGACGACCCGUCGAGCGCGCGGGGGCUCACGGUCGUGCAGGCGGUCCUCGGCUCGGCCGCCGCCUCGCCGCUCGUCGCCUUCCCAGGGUGGUGCGCGAGCCCGACGAGCCUCAGCACCCCGCAAGGCGCGCUCGAGCUCGGUCUUGCGGCGGCGGCGGGGCGAGCGCCGGUCGAGCUCGUCUCGCUCGGCACGGGUUACGCCUCGCUGCGCCUGUCGGCGGCUUCGGCGAGCUCGAGCCCGACGAGACGUGCCGCGAUCGACGCGACGCAGCAGGCGGCGGCGGCGAACGCGGUCGCGGUGGCGGCGCUCGCGAGGAAGCUUGACGGGCGUGACGACGUCGAGCUGAGGCGGCUCGAGGGCGACGUCGCACGGAGCGGGGGCAUCGACUGA